AUCUACCUGACAUUGCACGUCGAUGACUGUCGGGUAACGGGACCCCAAGAGCAGCAAUUAGACUGGAUAUUGGCAGAGAUUGCUAAAAGGUUUGAGACAAAGGAUGUCGAAGAGAACAAGCCCUACCUUGGAAUGGAAGUCAAACGUCAAAUGAACGGCGACCUAGCGGUUACCCAGAACCGUUAUAUCGAUGAGAUCCUUGAGGAUUUUGGAAUGGACAAGGUCAACCCGGCCAGCACGCCGAUGGCGGCCGGCAUACGCCUAGAAUUCUCACCAGAUGAAGAUAGCGGGUUAGAUGACGAUUUUACUGCUACUAGAUAUCGUCAAGGCUUAGGAUCGCUGCAGUAUUUGGUGUCAAGCAGCAGACCAGAUCUGGCAUUCGCGGUCAACUACCUCUCACGUUUCAACUCGCGUCCGCACAAGGAAUGCUGGGCAGCAUUAAAACACGUCCUACGCUACGUCAAGAAAACGAAGGAUCACGGAAUCCUAUACAAGAAGGAGAUGAUUGGGGGACUCAGUCCUGUCGCGUACAGCGACUCAGAUUGGGCAGGGGCAGACCCCCAAUACAAGUCAACUACAGGUUACAUUAUCCUGCUAAACGGAUCACCAAUCUCGUGGCGGUCGCAACGGCAGACCUCAGUUGCAAAAUCAACCACUGAGGCGGAGUAUAUCGCGGCAAGUGAGGCAGCGUGCGAAGUGAUCUGGCUGAAUGACAUGUUAUUUGAUGCUGGAUUAGUAGAAGGGAAAGCGAAGGUAUGCUCGCACCUGCGAGUUGACAACAAGGGCGCGAUAGAUCUAGCAAAAGGGGAGUCCUUGACAAGGAGGUCACGUCACAUCGAGAUCAGAUACCAUAUCCUUCGCGAUCUGGUUGAAAAAGGCGAAAUCAUGAUGGAACACGUUGGUUCUACGGCCAAUAUAGCUGACGGCCUCACCAAGCCACUGGCAAGGCCUGCCUUCGAAUAA